UGCCGUAACACCAAGGCCGCUUCCGGUUAAUGAGGACACGUCACUCAUUGGACUGAGGAAGAGGACCUGUGCAGAACUAGCUUAUUGACCCAUUUUGUACAAAUUAGACGGCAGAAUCAUGUCGAAUUCAGUCAUAUCGGUGAUUUCUCGGUUUCUGGAGGAGUACAGCACCACGACGCCCAACAAGCUGAAAGUGGUGGACGCUUAUUUGCUGUACAUCUUACUGACAGGAGCGCUGCAGUUCCUCUACUGUCUGCUCGUCGGCACCUUCCCCUUCAAUAGCUUUCUGUCGGGCUUCAUCUCGUGUGUGGGCGCCUUCAUCCUCGCAGUGUGUCUUCGCAUCCAGAUCAACCCACAGAACAAAGGAGAUUUCCUGUCGAUCUCCCCAGAGAGAGCCUUCGCUGACUUCCUAUUCGCUCACACCGUCCUCCAUCUGGUUGUGAUGAACUUCAUUGGCUGAAACAGACGUGCUUCUGACUCACAGUGUCCUCCUCUCAGAAGGUCACAACAAGAGAAGAUAUCAAAACUCCCCUUCAAGACAUGAUGCUACAUCUACUUUUGUGCCACUGAUUCGGACAGUCCCACCCCACCACCAUCACUGAAUUAGUUGCAUCUUGUCACAUAUGAUGCAGUACAAUUUUCUUACUGAUAAUGGUUGAUUUUGUUCAUUUUUUUUAUGUUAAAAUUUGUAAAGCAUUCCCUUUUGCACUGGAAGAAGAAAUAAAAACAACUAAAAUGGUGACCUUGAA